GAUUACUCGAUUUGUUAAAAUAAAUUUAAUUAUUAUGUGAAUCAUCUGUUUACUAAGGGCAUAGCGCGGUGUAGUGAUGUACACAUUGCAACUGCAAGUAUUACGAUCAGUUUCAUUCAAUCGUUUUAUUUUCAAGUGUUUAAUACCCUGUCUCAAAAUUAGAGCGAGAAAGACAUAUAACUUGUGUGGUCCUUUGGCCGUUUACUCGAACGUAUUCGUUAGCAUUCGGCUGACUUCGUACUACAGAGCGGCAACAUAAUCCAGCCGAAACAUGAUGGCGGCCCAACAAAUACUCGAGUUCAUUUUUGAUUCAGUCUUGCUCGGACAGUGCCAGCCGGAAUACGUGAUUGUGGCGCUAAAAAAUAAUCGAAACUAUAUCGUUUCGUGUUCAAUUCCGUUAGUGAUAAAUAGAAGUGCAGAAUUCAGGUGUAAUUGUGUGGUUAUGUGGCGGCGAGUGAUAUGACAUCUUGUGCCGCCAGACGGACUCCGGCCGUCUUCAUGAGGAUACUGGUGACAAGUUUGGCCCCGAGAUCAUGGUGGCUCCCGAUUCCGAGGCUACUUCGAAUCCUCGGAUAGCGGCUGCACAAGAGAGCCCCUCCGCCGCCGAGGCGCGCCACAGCGCUGAUUUAUACAUACGGACCAGUUGGGUCGACGCAGCUUUAGCACUCUCAGAACUUGAAAAGGGAAACAUCGAAGGCGGCAGAACGUCACUGUGGAUACGGGCGUGGUUGCAGGAGCAACUAUUUAUAUUGGGGUGUUUUCUACAAGGCGACGCGGGGAAAGUUCUGUUCGUCGCUAUAUUAGUCCUCUCCACGUUUUGUGUCGGCCUAAAGUCCGCACAAAUACACACGCGGGUCGACCAACUCUGGGUUCAAGAGGGUGGAAGGCUAGAAGCAGAAUUGAAAUAUACAGCCCAGGCGCUCGGUGAGGCAGAUUCUUCGACACAUCAACUUAUUAUACAAACCGCCAAAGAACCGGACGUUUCGUUGUUACAUCCUGGAGCAUUACUGGAGCACCUAAAGGUGGUGCACGCAGCGACUCGGGUCACUGUGCAUAUGUACGACAUCGAAUGGCGGCUCAAGGACCUCUGCUACAGCCCCAGCAUACCAGACUUCGAAGGCUACCACCACAUCGAGUCAAUCAUAGACAACGUCAUACCGUGCGCUAUUAUAACUCCCCUCGAUUGCUUCUGGGAAGGCUCCAAAUUGCUGGGCCCCGAUUAUCCUAUAUUUGUACCUCACCUGAAACACAAGCUGCAAUGGACGCACUUAAAUCCUCUAGAAGUGAUAGAAGAAGUGAAGAAGUUAAAGUUCCAAUUCCCGCUGAGUACAAUGGAAGCGUACAUGAAGAGAGCGGGCAUCACGUCCGCUUACAUGAAGAAGCCCUGCCUGGACCCCACGGACCCGCACUGUCCUGCCACAGCUCCCAACAAGAAGUCUGGACACAUUCCAGAUGUAGCUGCCGAACUAUCCCACGGGUGCUACGGUUUCGCAGCAGCAUACAUGCACUGGCCGGAGCAGCUGAUAGUCGGCGGUGCCACCAGAAAUUCCACGUCGGCCUUGCGAAGUGCCCGAGCCUUGCAGACGGUAGUUCAAUUGAUGGGAGAGAGAGAAAUGUACGAGUAUUGGGCAGACCAUUACAAAGUACAUCAAAUUGGAUGGAAUCAAGAGAAGGCUGCGGCUGUUUUAGACGCGUGGCAGCGGAAGUUUUCUGCUGAAGUAAAAAAAAUCACAACAUCAGGACAAGUCUCGGCGGCGUAUAGUUUCUAUCCAUUUUCCACUUCAACACUAAACGACAUUCUCGGCAAGUUCUCCGAAGUUUCUCUGAGGAAUAUUGUCUUAGGAUACAUGUUUAUGUUAAUUUAUGUCGCUGUAACGUUAAUACAAUGGAGAGACCCAAUCCGCUCCCAAGCGGGUGUCGGUAUUGCUGGCGUCCUACUGCUUUCUAUCACUAUUGCGGCAGGCUUAGGCUUUUGCGCUUUGUUAGGUAUACCAUUCAAUGCUUCGAGUACGCAAAUAGUGCCAUUCUUAGCGUUAGGAUUAGGUGUUCAAGACAUGUUCCUUCUCACUCACACGUACGUGGAGCAAGCGGGAGAUGUGCCGCGGGAAGAGCGCACGGGGCUGGUGCUGAAGAAAAGUGGACUUAGCGUACUGUUGGCGUCGCUUUGUAAUGUAAUGGCGUUUUUGGCAGCGGCUUUGUUGCCGAUACCGGCGUUCCGAGUAUUUUGUUUACAGGCGGCAAUACUACUACUUUUCACAUUAGGCUCAAUGCUCUUGGUGUUCCCUGCGAUGAUAUCACUCGACCUACGAAGAAGAUCAGCGGCUAGAGCGGACCUCUUGUGUUGCUUAUUACCUGAAAGUCCACUGCCGAAGAAAAAACUGCCAGAAAGAUCGAAGAGUAGGAGUAGAAGAAAUGAAAAGAGUAGGAUAGACACAAGCAGACAACCAUUAGAUCCUGAAGUCACGGAAGAAGUGAAAACGUGCUGUCUUAGUAUUUCCCUUACGAAAUGGACUAAGAAUCAUUAUGCUCCGUUUAUUAUGAGACCUUCUGUUAAGGUGACAUCAAUGUUGGCCCUAAUAGCUUUGAUACUAGCCAGUGUAUGGGGAACUACGAAAGUAAAGGAUGGGUUAGACCUCACUGACAUUGUUCCUGAAAAUACUGAUGAACACGAAUUCCUCUCUAGGCAAGAGAAAUACUUCGGUUUUUACAACAUGUACGCAGUAACCCAAGGUGAUUUCGAGUAUCCCACCAAUCAGAAAUUGCUAUAUGAAUACCAUGAACAAUUCGUUAGAAUACCGAACAUUAUAAAGAAUGACAAUGGUGGUCUUCCGAAAUUCUGGCUAACUCUAUUCCGAGAAUGGCUCCUGGAUUUGCAAGUUGCUUUUGAUAAGGAAGUCGCGAGUGGCUGCAUAACGCAAGAAUACUGGUGUAAAAACGCAAGCGACGAAGGGAUAUUGGCAUAUAAACUCAUGGUACAGACGGGCCAUGUGGAUAAUCCUAUAGACAAAUCCCUGAUAAGCUCCGGACAUCGAUUGGUUGAUAAGGACGGCAUUAUUAACCCGAAAGCGUUUUAUAAUUACUUAUCAGCUUGGGCAACGAAUGACGCAUUGGCUUACGGCGCUUCACAGGGAAAUUUGAAACCGCAACCCCAAAGAUGGAUACAUUCGCCUGAAGACGUUCAUUUGGAAAUCAAGAAAUCUUCUCCACUGAUUUAUACACAGUUACCAUUUUAUUUAUCCGGUUUGAGUGAUACAGAUAGUAUAAAGACGCUGAUAAUGUCGGUGCGUGAGCUGUGUUUGAAGUAUGAAGCGAAGGGAUUGCCGAAUUUUCCAUCGGGAAUACCAUUUUUGUUCUGGGAGCAGUAUUUGUAUUUGAGAACGUCGCUGUUAUUGGCUCUGGUCUGCGCUUUAGCUGCUGUUUUUGUGUGCGUGAUGAUCGCCGUACUGAACGCGUGGGCGGCGCUGCUGGUGACGGUGUCGCUGGGCGCGCUGGUGCUGCAGCUGGUGGGCGCGAUGUCGCUGCUCGGCGUCAAGCUGUCCGCCAUGCCGGCCGUGCUGCUCGUGCUGGCCAUCGGCCGCGGGGUGCACUUCACGCUGCACCUGUGUCUGGGUUUCGUCACGUCCAUUGGAUGUAAGCGUCGUCGAGCUAGUCUCGCGCUAGAGAGUGUACUAGCGCCAGUAGUUCACGGUGCUGUAGCAGCAGCACUGGCCGCGUCAAUGCUAGCCGCUAGUGACUUCGGCUUUGUGGCCAGACUGUUCCUUAGGCUUCUGUUGGCUAUGGUCGUGCUGGGAUUGGUCGAUGGACUUCUGUUCUUCCCGAUUAUCCUGUCAAUAUUGGGACCGGCUGCUGAGGUACGACCUCUCGAACAUCCAGAACGUCUCUCCACUCCGUCACCCAAAUGCUCGCCGGUGCAUCCACGCAAAUCCAGUUCCAACUCGAGCAGUGGCGAUAAAUCCAGCAGAACCAAGUCGGCGCCUCGCCCGUGCGCACCCUCCCUCACCACGAUCACUGAGGAGCCUUCCAGCUGGCACAGUUCAGCACACUCGGUGCAGUCUUCCAUGCAGUCCAUAGUUGUUCAACCGGAGGUGGUUGUGGAGACGACGACGUACAAUGGAAGCGAUUCUGCCUCAGGAAGAUCGACGCCUACCUCGAAGACUUCGCACAACGGAGCUAUCACUACCAAGGUAACCGCCACAGCCAACAUAAAAGUAGAAGUUGUCACGCCCAGCGACAGAAAGUCGCGGAGGUCGUACCACUAUUACGAUCGCCGUAGAGAUAGGGACGACGACCGUGACCGAGACCGGGACCGGGAUCGUGAUCGGGACCGCGACAGAGACAGGGAUAGGGACAGGGACCGUGAGAGGGAGAGGGACAGAGAUAGAGAUAGGGACAGGGACCGUUCUCGCGAGAGGGAUAGAAGAGACCGGUAUAGAGACGAGCGGGAACAUCGCGCUUCGCCGAGGGAGAACGGGAGGGAUUCCGGACAUGAAAGUGAUUCGUCUCGACAUUGAUUUUACAAAAUGCAUCCUUGAAUAGAGAUACAAUUUAGCGCAGGUGUGUUUCACGUGACACCAAUUGUGGUUGAGAAAGCGGUAGUAGUUGAUUAGAUCAAAUAACCAUGAGCUACAAAAUUUUAACGACUUUAUCUUUGUUUGAAUUUAACGUAAAGGAAGGGAACUAAAGUUUUGGACUAUUAAUAUUUUAAUUUUAACGAUGAGAAUUAUUUAUGCAUUGAAAUAAAAUAAGAUGCGCCGACUUAGAUGUUGGAGCUAUGUACAUGAAAUAAAAAAAGAAAUAAUAAUAAUUCAAUGACAUCUUUACCGACAGUUAUGAAGUUGUCUCGUUUGUGUAAGUGUAAAUGUGUUUUAAGGUCCCAAUAUAUAACGCCUUAAGACAGUAUUACGAGGGUGUAAGGUUCAUUUUUGCGGAGGCUAUGUAUUCGUUGCCUAGAAGUGCUAGUAACCGAAUCUCUAGAACGGUAUCGCAAUAUUUGAGAUCCUUUCAAUCAUUCCAUAGUACUAGUGCUUCUAUUUAUUUCAGAAUUAAAUAAGACGCCUUGUUUAAUCGAUAUAACGCGAACAUGUUUGAUUAUAGAAAAUUACUAGCAAAUAACGACAUUUGCCUUUGACGCAAUGUAAUUGCUUAUUUCUUUUAUACAAUCGCGUUGUAUCGCAUCCAACCACCGGGUUACUUGUACAGACCAAAUAUAAUAUUCUGUAUACAUUUAUUCUAGUGUGUUCCUAUUUUAAAGACAUUUUCAAUUCUUUUAUAACAAUAUAAUUUGUUCAUAUUCGUCUAAAGACUGGGUCGAGUUAAUUUAUCAUAUUAUUUAUUCUGUGUCUAUAAUUUUAUAUAAAUUACACCAUGAGAUCUGUUACUCAGGUAUAUUGUACAAAUUAUUUAAGUAGAUUGUAUAUUAGUUAGGGUUUUAUUUAUGAGAUUACUAAGAUAUUCUUAUACAAAUGCUGUACUGUUGUGAUCUUUAUAAGCUCACGAUAUUGAUAUUAAGACUGUUAAGAAAUCAGGGUUUAAAUUAAGCCCUACAGCCCCUUUUUUAAUAUUUGUAAAAUCGUCAUACGUAUAGAUAAAGAUUUGAUAAAAUGUUUUGAUUGUUAUUAAUGAAAUGAAUUUAAAUCUUCGAAGAAAAUCUGAAAUGUCUAGUAAUACUUAUAUGAAAGGGUUGUAAAAUCAUUGGUACAAACCUCACCUCAGAAGUUGACGGACGUUGUGACAAUGUGCAGAGUACUUACUAGUUUCUAAUAAUUUAUCCUUAUUUAGCUCUAAAUGUGUAAAUAUAGUACAUAAGACGUAGGAUAAGAAUGAACGCACAAGAUGAAAUGAUGUAAUCUCCCUGUAAUCUAAUUCCGGAUCUGAUAUUUUUUAAACAAUUUUCAAUACAUUUUUGUGAAAAACUAGUUAAUCAUACUCCGACUUUUAAUAUUAUGGAAUUUUUUUUUGACAUUCCUUAAAAACAUUAUCUCAGUAAUUUUAUAUUAACACCAUUCAUAGUAAGUACAUACGGAUGUAUGCUAUUUUAAAUGUUGAAUUGCAUUUGACGAAUAUAUGUUAAACAAAUCGAUAUGAAACGUUAACGACUGUAUUGAGAAAAUAAAUAUUUUAUGUGUA